CCGUCGCACCUCUUUGCACGUGUCGUUGCACUUUCCACUGGUGUCGUUAGGUCAUUGUGAAACUCCUGCAGAGGGAAAAACCUCCAGAAUCUGGACCCACAGAGAAACUGAGCUGUCGUGUUUAUCGGCUCAAAAUGAAGCCGGUGUUGGUGCUGCUUGUUUCCACGGCCUGGACGUUGACAGCAGCUCAGUAUUACUACCAGGGGCUGAUGGAUUAUCUGGAGAACAGGUUGUUGGCGAUUGAGGACCGCAUGCAGUUCUGGCACGACCAGUCCCAUCGGUACCACACAGAGCUGCAGGAUUUCAAAAAGUUAACUGCCGAGACCGCGGACGGGCUGAGGAACGAGUACGGCUCGAUGUUCAAAGACCUGGAAGGAGCCGCGGUCCGAGUGGACCGGGUGGAGCGGGAGAUGGACUACGUGGAAAUACAGACUUCGCCUCGGGCCUGUGCCAAUAAGGCAGACAAGGUGGUGGAGCAGGGGGUCUGGGGGCUGGAGGAGAGCAGAGGAGAGGAGGAGGACGACUGGGAGGAGCUGCACUCCAGAGUCUCUGACUGUGUAGAAAUCAUCUCUGGCAUCAGAUCAGUGAAGAUCCUGAAGAGAGCGGGCGGUCCCAAGGGGAUGUGGAGCAGAGACCCCAGGUCCUCCAGGGUGUACGUCUUUAACGGCACAUCCGGAGACGUCAUCUACCAGUUCAACUCUGUUCAGGACUUCUCCCGUUCUCCAGGAGUCGCCGGCGGCACACAGAUCCGGCUGCCCUUUGCUUGGAGCGGCGCUGGCAGUGCUGUUUAUGACGGAUAUUUGUACUACGUACAACAGGAGGCUGACACAGACCUGCAGGUUGUCAAAUAUGACCUGAUGAGCGGCGUGGUGACGGAUAUCGCCAUGUUCCCCGUGGACAGCCGGGCUAGUGUUUACAGCCUCAACCCUGAGACCGUUGCGGACCUCGCAGCAGAUGACGAGGGCCUCUGGCUCCUGUUCGCCACGAGCGACAGCGAGCCGAACAUCAACCUUGCAAAGAUGGACCCUGCCACGCUCGAUAUAGAACAAAUCUGGGACACCCGGUGCCCAAGGGAGAACGCAGAGGCAGCUUUUGUGGUUUGUGGGACUGUCUAUGUUGUUUACAACACCCGCCUGGUCAGUCGCUCAAGGAUCCAGUGUGUUUUUGAUGUCAACGACAUCGUGAUCAGCGAGGAGGCUCCCUUGCUCUACUUCCCCAGGAGGUACGGAGCCCACGCUAGUCUGAAAUACAACCCAGAGGAGAAACAGCUCUACGGUUGGGACGAUGGCUAUCAAAUCAUUUACAGAGUGACCAUGAAGAGGAAGCUCCUGGUGUGACGGCGGGGAAGUGGUGUCAUGUUUUCAAAGGGAAGGAUAAAAGAAUAGUAAAUGUGUUCACGCUAUCACUCCCGUGAUGCCGUAACUUUCACUGAGUUAUGGGAGUUCCACUGUUACUGAACAUGCAAUAGUCAAAGAUAUGCCGGUCAAACCCUUGAGAGAAAACUUUUUUUUAUAUUUCUGGAAAAAACUAAGUUUGAUUAAGUUUUUCCGCCUUGUUUCCAGACUCUGUGCUAAGCUAAGUUAGCCAGCUGCAGUCAGUGGCUUUAUAUUUCAGUCUUCUCAUCGAGCACUUCAAGUUAGCAAUGUGACGGUACCGGUCGUUUCUAUUCUGCUUUGAGUUUCUGCUCUAAACAACUCGCCGUGACGUCACCCGCUGGUUUGAGAACCAGAGUUUCUCAUCUUGUCCAGCUCCAUUUCGCUUUUCUUCAGAAGUAACCAUAUGUGGAGAAAGCGAGGGGUGGAGCCUGACGGACUUGGUAUCCAUGUAACCAAAGCAUAUUCGACUCUGACUGGACCAUAACUUACCAAAUGAACUUCAUGCUGUAAUUGAGACUUGAAAC